GAUAAAAGAAAAAAGGAAACCCUAAAACAAUUCAUCUUCCUUAAGUAGAUUCUCCGGCAUCUGAUCUGAACUGAGAAGAAAAAAGGGAUUUACACGUAAACCCCCUCAACUUCAAACAACUAUAGUUAUUUUAAAGGGUUGUUCUUCGAUCCGUGGAAUUUCGACAAGUGGAGAUGGAAGAUUGGGAGGAAGAUAUUCCGUCUAUCCCUACAAAGGCGAUGCCUAAAAGCAAAUGGGAUGAUGAAGAUAUCGAUGAUUCCGAUGUCAAGGAAUCAUGGGAGGAUGAAGAUGAACCAGAACCUCCCCAGCCUGUUGCAAAAGCUCCAGAAGAGAAGGCCCCCAAAAAGGGUGCAGUAAAAGCUACGGAAAAGAAAGGGAAAACUAUUGAAGCAGCCAAGGAAGAGCCCCUUGAUCCAGAGGCCGAGAAACUUCGUCAACAAAGGCUUGUGGAAGAAGCGGAUUAUAGGUCAACUGCUGAACUUUUUUCCAAGAAAGGUGAUGAUAAGACUCUUGAUAAUUUUAUUCCCAAAUCUGAAAGUGACUUUAUGGAGUAUGCCGAGCUUAUUUCUCACAAGCUUCGUUCAUAUGAGAAAAGUUUCCACUAUAUUGCCCUACUCAAGGCCGUGAUGAGAUUAUCGUUGACUAAUUUGAAAGCGGCUGAUGUCAAAGAUAUUGCGUCCUCAGUCACAGCAAUCGCGAAUGAGAAGCUAAAAGUAGAAAAAGAAGCGACAACUAAAAAGAAGACAGGUGGGAAAAAGAAACAGCUCCAUGUCGACAAACCAGAUGAUGAUUUGGUUGUUAACGCUUACGAUGACGUCGAUGAUUACGACUUUAUGUGAUUACUUUUGGGAAAAUGCCAAUCUUCUUCUAGUAUUUGCAAUACGGAUCCUAUGGUUACCGCUGCAGCAACGUAGAUGUGGAAUCCGGCGGCUCUUUUCGUCUUCUUUUUUUCUUUCCAAUUCUUGGAGAAAUUUAGUUGUUUGAUGAACAGCCAUCCAUAAUAUGGAUGAAUAUUUACAUGAUGAACCAUUAGAUUCAACUUUCAGAAACAAAACUUCUAAGAUGGUUUUGGGCAGUUCAAAUGAUGUUAUUUUUGCUUAGGGUUAAGAAAAAACACAUUUAUUCUGUU